AUGAAAUUUUCAAAAAUCGCUAUUAGGUUGUCGCGAAAUUGGGAAAAUUUAUUAUUCGGAAUAUUGGAUAAAUUAUAUUUGGCCGAAUACGGAAAAAACGAGUUAAGAAACCCUACGCCACGUAAAACUUUUACGGAUCGUAUUUUCCACGUUUUUUAUAUCUUUUUUAAUAUUGGCAAAAUUCCGCAUUUUUGUAAUUUUAACCGUUAUUAUAUUUCCACCGACGGGCAAUUAUAA